UCACGAUUAUCGCAUAGGAGGAGUGAAAAAAUUCCCCCCACAGUUAGAAUCCGCCUCUCGCGUUGAUCACUGCUCGAUCAUGGCGCGAUCUUCACCAGCUCGGAUUACCGUCCAGGCUUGCCUCGCUUGGCUCUUCAUUUCAUCGAUCCGCUCGUGCCUCGGCCAGUUUGCAGUUUCCUCUCCCAGAGGAGCAGUUGCCUCUGCCGGCGGUGUAACCGUGGUGGCGCAGCUGCCCGAAUUCGGAGUAGUCAAUGGACUCCUCAUUGCCAUGCAAAACAACAACGGCUUUGGCCAGCAGCAACAAUUUGAAAGACUGCAGCAAGGGAGACCUGGAAGGGGUACACCGGAGGGAGGGGGUAUGCCCAAGCCAGGAUUUGGACCACCCAAUCGACAGCAAGCGCCUCCUGGUUGGCCUCCAGGCUGGCAGUGGGGGCCUAGCGACAAUCAGAAUCAACAAGGCUGGGACCAAUCAGGCUUCGGACCAGGCUGGAAUGGAGGAGGAGGUGGACCAGGACCAGGAUGGAACGGAGGACCAGGAUGGAACCGUGGAGGUGGCAGAGGACCACCACCACCAAGGCCUGGCUGGAACGGCGGAGGACCACCACCAAGGCCUGGUUGGAACGGCGGAGGUGGACCACCCCCACCAGGGCCUGACUGGAAUGACGGUGGACCACCACCACCACCUCCUCCAAGACCGGACUGGGAGGGCAGACCAGGAUGGAAUGGAGGACCUCCGCCAGAAUGGAACAAUCAACGCUUUCCCAAUCAGCCGGAUCCCAACGAUCCCAACACAAAUUGGAACGAUGAUAAAGAUGGGGUUAACACCACUCCCACACCACCAAUUCUACCCACUACCCCAAAACCAAUUUCUCCCACUGUCCAAACAACGACACCCAGGCCAGCGGAAACUCAUCCCACUUACCAGCCACGCCCACCCACGCAGCCAACUAAGGACACCCUGAUCAUAGGCACCAAUCGACCGCUGUUGCCGCCCCAGAAUCCGGAUCCACCAUCACCGCUAUAUCCAACUUGGCCCGUACCUCAGCCGUCGCCGUCGCCAAAUCAUUCAAUCGAGGCGUCCGAAGAGCGUGCCAUCGUAUUUCCCAGUUCCAGUAAAUAUAUCCGUUCCCCCAGUCAGGAGGAAGUUCCUUCGGCACCCAUAGAUGUGAGACGAAGAUGAUACUGGCGAGGGACUCCCCCGAUCCCACUUAUUGUAUAUAUGCAUAGACCAUUCUGUAAUUGCGCACUCACGAUCGUUUUUGGUGAACACUCCAAAACCGGUUCUCAAAGCUCGUUGUUGAAAAUCACGAAAUUUUAAUAAAUAAAUUUAAACAAA